CAUUCUACUUUCUUUAGUCGUCCUCUCUCUCUCUCUCUCUCUCUCUCUAAAGAUUUUGCACAAUUUCAUCACCGUGGAUUUAGCAGUUGCUUAAUAUAUACUGUGAAUAUGCACGCCCUGUUGACAGUUUUAAUUUGUUGAUUGUUAUUUCUUCCAUCAUAGAUAGAUGUACAGAGAGACUGAGGAGAAUGAGGGACUCUGCAGACACUUCUUCGUUCUCUCUCUCCAGCCUCCUCUGCCAUGAAGAUCAAACUUGCUUGAAUCAAUUGGAAGUUGAAUCAAACACUUGCAUAGAUUCAGACCCAUGUUUUGUUUCUGUGGAUGAAGAUGAGUAUGUUGAGAACUUGGUCCGCAGAGAAGCUCGUUGCUUUGGAUCCAAAGGCUUUGUACCCUUUACUGAUUGCUCUGCCUCUGACAUAUGCUGGUUGAAAACUGCUCGCUUGGAUUCGAUUGAAUGGAUUUUCAAUACAGGAGGAAAUUUUGGGUUCCAAUUUCAAACAGUUUAUUUGUCUGUCACUUACUUUGAUGGGUUUCUUUCAAAGCGAUCCAUUGAUGAUGGGAAAUUGUGGGCUAUUCGACUAUUAUCAGUGGCAUGUUUAUCCUUGGCAGCUAAGAUGGAAGAAUGUAAAGUGCCAGCUUUAUCAGAGUUCCAAGUCCAAGAUUAUAACUUUGAAAGCAAGGUGAUUCGGAGAAUGGAGCUAUUGGUCUUGAACACAUUGGAAUGGAAAUUGGGUUCAAUCACUCCUUUUGCUUAUCUGCAUUACUUCAUCAAUAAAUUCUGUGCUGAAUCUAGACCCAAAGGACUAUUCUCUGAUGCUAUAAGACUCAUUGUGGCAAUGGCAAAAGAGAUUGAUUUAAUGGAUACUCGGCCGUCUAUCAUCGCAGCAGCCGCAGUUUUAGCAGCAUCUGAUGGUCGGUUAACUAGAAAAAUGCUGGAGCUUAAGAUGAGUGUGGUCUCAUUCUUGCAGUCCCAAGAAAAUUAUGAACAUAUAUUUUCCUAUUAUAAUCAUAUGCAGGAAAUGGUGGAAAGAAAAGAUAAGACACCACCCAAGUUUUCAAUUUCCCCUAGUGUGUUAGCAAUCCAUCCAAGCUCAAUGGAUGUGCUUGAAAAUUCAGUUGGGACUAAGAGAAGGCUUACCUUCAGCGACUCUGAUCACAGUUGUCCAACAAAGAAAAAUCACAGGCCAUAGUUAGCAGAUUCUCUUCAGCAAAGGGUUGAUUUGGGGCAAUUUUUUUAUUGGAUUAUAGAGAUUUUACAACUGAAAAAAUGAUUCUUCGUAUUAGAUGGGGUUUAUAGGUCUAA